AUGGAAGAUCUAACGCUUCCGAUAACGCGAUCCUCGACGAAUCAUCGGAAACUAGCUGAUUCCAAGUUUGAAAACCAAUCAAAUAGUAUGGAAGUCGGUCAUCCUCAUCAGGGAACGUCCGAACCUGAAGAAAUCUCGUUUGAUGUGACUCCAAAUAAUAAAUGCAGCACUCCCAACGGCAAUGUGAUAAACAUUCUACCCAGUCUCGAGUCAAAACUAACUGAACCACCGCUUGAAUCUGCAGUGGCAAAGACGCAAAAUAUUAUUAUCAAUGUCCCCGAUUCUUUGAGGAUUUUAUAUGAUGCGGGAUAUAAAACGACCGAGAUGUCCAGAAACGAAAAAAUUCCAGCUGAUAAUGACUGGAACGUUCGUGAGGAAAUGAAGAGUAACGUACUUAACAAGAACGCAAAACGGAAGGUUGAAACAGCUAACGUACUGAACAAGAAACGAUCCAUACCAACCAGUUUGGAUAAUUGCCCCGAGUGGGAUUUCAUAAAGCACUCAAAAACUGCCCACGCACCAGGUCUUUUAAACAGGAAAUUUCAUGAUCAGUGCCUUUAA